AUGUCGCCGGCGAAGGAGGCUGCGUCGGAGUUUGAAAAGUUGAAUUGUGUUCUGAUAGGAGCUGAUGGUCGAACACAGACUUGCAAAGUCGAAUUCGACGGGAUUGCUGCGGGACUCGGUGCAACUGAUUACAUAAGCACACUUGUGGACCAUGGCCCAUACUGCGGGUCUGCACAGCCUCACCACUCGAGACGCUCGUCGACCUGUAUAAAUCUCGACAACACCCACUCUCUCUCCCCCUCAUCCUCCCC